AUUUUUAUCUUAAAAUAGUGAUAUUCCGUAGAUUGUAGCCCGGCAAUACUUUAGAGCUUCGGCGCGAGUCGGCAACCCUGUUCUUUACAUAACAAGAAGAAGAAGAGGACUCAUCGGCCCCACCACAUCGGGAUUUAAAGAUUUAAUUGCAUUUUCACCUGAAAUAAUGGCCAGCUCACAGCCGAAGGACGCCUGCAGCAUAUGCGACAAGGUCGGCCUGAAGCCCUUCACCCGGGACAAUGUGUUCAACUACUACAUACCGCUCCACGGCCUGGUGAGCUACGGAGCCCUGGCGGUGAAUGUUAUGAACCCCCAGAUCGUGCCCAAGAUCCUGCCCAAGAAGGACCUCACAAAUGUGUUCCUUAUCUCGGCGGUGGUGGGCAGCGCCUUCUACAUCUACGGCCGGCCCCACCUGAAGGAUGUGCAGAACAAUAAGCGGGGAGCAUACGCCCUGCUAGGAGCCACCCUCUUCUCCAUGGGAUCCGUGCUGGCCUGGGCGCUCAUCAAGUCCGCAUUGCCGCAGGAUAAUGCCCUGCUCGCCACCUUGGCGGGUUUGGGAACAGGAGCCGCCAUCGUCAAGGUCGGCACCGAUUACAUUCAGGACGUGGACAAGCUGCAGAAGAACUAGAUGACCGAUGGAUCUAUUAUCUAGAUGAACUGAUGGAACCCAAACUUUAUGGGUUCGUACCGUAAUUGCUGUCUUGGCCGUACAUAGCUCGUAAUGCAAUAUUAUCUCCCGCAUAUUUGAAUAAAAUUAUACAAUAAACUCGA